AUGGCGGGCUCUAGACCUUCCCGAGUGGUGUCCGCUUUGGUUUCGACUGCAACCUCCGCCGCUCCGCAGACGUCUUUCUCCCCUGAGCUCUUCCCGAAUUACGGCUCAUCAGGCUGCCUGUACUCUGAAGUACAGUUCAACAUAGAGUGUCAAGGCGAGACGUUCGGCAACAUACCAGCGCAGAUGGCCAAUUUACCAAACUUGCGUCGCCUCUUUGUGGAGGCUCGAACAGAGGUCGAGGAAAAUGAAUACUCUCGGACAGCUUUCUAUAAUCUUGUUUUGUUCAUUUCGUCUGUCGCGAUCUUUAGCCUGGCCGCCCAGCGUAUGAGUGGGCCAAAGGCCGCGCGAUGA